AGACCUUGAUCGUACGCUACAAACCCAAGCUUCAUCUGCGGAAAACGCUCAUCAUCUCUUCGGCAUUGAAAACGUUCUGAAAAUGGAUUCACCUAACACUAAUCCGACGGCUGAGGAUGAAAGUCAGCUCGUCAGUCGACGCAUCCAACGCCUCUCCUUGCAUCUCACCCCCAUCCCCAACUCCUUCAUCCGCGACCACCACCAGCUCCAGUUGCUAACGUGCGCCCGGGUGAAGCUUAGCGUGAACACCGCACUGCUCUCGGACUUCUUGAGAGGAAAACACAGAGGGAUUCAAGAGAAAGUGUAUGAAUACUUCAAGUCACGCCCUGAUCUUCAAACCCCAGUUGAGAUCUCAAAAGAUGAGCACCGUGAGCUUUGCAUGAGGCAGCUUCUUGGGUUGGUCAGAGAAGCCGGGAUUAGGCCAUUUAGAUACAUUGUUGAAGACCCAUCCAAGUAUUUUGCCAUUGCAGAAGCUGCUGGAAGCGUUGACAUGUCGCUUGGGAUUAAGUUGGGAGUGCAGUACAGUCUUUGGGGAGGCUCCGUGCUCAACUUAGGAACUAAAAAACAUAAGGAUAAGUACUAUGAUGUUAUUGACAAUUUGGAGUAUCCAGGCUGUUUUGCUAUGACAGAACUGCAUCAUGGUUCAAAUGUUCAAGGCCUUCAAACAGUUGCAACAUUUGAUCCGAUCACCGAUGAAUUCAUAAUCAACACCCCUAAUGAUGGGGCCAUUAAAUGGUGGAUUGGCAAUGCUGCAGUUCAUGGGAAGUUUGCUACAGUUUUUGCCAGGCUGUUAUUGCCUACUCAUGACAUAAAGGGAGUUUCUGAUAUGGGUGUCCAUGCCUUCAUUGUUCCAAUAAGGGAUUUAAAGACCCAUCAAACACUUCCAGGAGUUGAAAUACAUGACUGUGGUCACAAGGUUGGUCUGAAUGGAGUUGACAAUGGAGCAUUAAGGUUCCAUUCAGUAAGAAUUCCACGGGAUAAUCUUCUGAAUCGAUUUGGAGAUGUUUCUCGGGAUGGAAAAUACACAAGCAACCUUCCAUCUAUUAAUAAACGAUUUGCUGCCACACUAGGGGAACUUGUAGGGGGAAGGGUUGCCCUUGCAUAUUCUUCAGUCAGUGUUCUCAAGGUUUCUAUCACAAUUGCCAUUAGAUAUUCCUUACUCCGCCAGCAAUUUGGUCCUCCCAAGCAGCCUGAAAUCAGUAUUCUUGAUUACCAGUCUCAUCAGCACAAGCUUAUGCCUAUGCUGGCUUCUACUUACGCAUUUCAUUUUGCCACUCUGCAUUUGGUGCAGAUGUAUUCUGAAAUGAAGAAGUCUCAUGAUGACCAAUUGGUGGGGGAUGUCCAUUCCCUCUCGGCAGGCCUUAAGGCUUAUGUGACUUCAUAUACAGCAAAGUCAUUAAGCACCUGCAGGGAAGCCUGUGGAGGCCAUGGUUAUGCUGCUGUCAAUCGGUUUGGUAGCUUGAGAAAUGAUCAUGACAUAUUUCAAACAUUUGAAGGAGACAACACUGUGCUUUUGCAACAGGUAGCAGCUGACCUCCUGAAGCAAUACAGGGAGAAGUUCCAAGGUGGGACACUUGCAGUCACAUGGAACUACUUGAGGGAGUCCAUGAACACGUAUCUGUCUCAGCCAAAUCCAGUGACUGCUCGGUGGGAAGGUGAAGAGCAUUUGCGAGAUCCCAAAUUUCAGCUAGAUGCCUUCAGGUACCGAACAUCGAGAUUGCUUCAAAGUGUUGCUGUGCGACUUCGCAAGCAUUCUAAGACUCUAGGGAGCUUUGGGGCUUGGAAUAGAUGUUUGAAUCACCUUCUGACUCUUGCAGAGUCCCAUAUUGAAUCUGUCAUCCUUGCAAAGUUUAUUGAAGCUGUACAGAGUUGUCCUGAGGAGACUCGAGUAACUUUGAAACUUGUCUGUGAUCUUUAUGCGUUGGAUCGAAUCUGGAACGACAUAGGAACCUACCGCAUUGUAGAUUAUGUUGCCCCCAACAAGGCAAAGGCUAUUCACAAACUCACAGAAUACUUGAGUUUCCAACUGAGGAAUGUUGCAGGGGAACUUGUAGAUGCAUUUAAUCUUCCAGAUCAUGUUACUCGUGCCCCCAUUGCUAUGCAAUCAGAAGCCUACUCUCAGUACACCCAGCAUGUUGGGUUCUGAUUAUUUUUUUCUGAAUUUUUUUUUUAAAGGAAAGAAAGAAGAAAAAGAAAAAAGGCAGCUCCAGAUAUGUUUGGAUAACUGCAGAUGCCUGAAUAGUGGAUCAGGGAGAUGGUGAGAAGUUGUUAUUCAUUUUUCCUGUUUUCCCAGUUAAUGCUAGCAAUUAGGAUUUGGAGGUCAAGGGAAGAUAGUAACAAGAAGGAGAAUAAAGCAAAUUUAAAAGGGCCACCCAUUCAUGAUUGUUUGUAACAUGUAUGGGAUUUGUUGUUUGAUUGGGAACUUGCAAUUGAUUACACAUUUCCUUGUUCAUACA